GGGCGGCGGCGUGGGCAGGGCAAGCGGCGAGCGGCGCCGGCCGUGAGGGAGGCGGAGGAGGCCGCGGGCCGGGCCCCGUCCGCGCUCCCCCUGCCCAGCCCUGGCCAUGAAUAUGUAACUCCCCUCUAUUUCCCGAGCUCCAUUGCGGAGCCGCCGCUCGCCAUAUUGUGCUGCGGGGGCUGCGGCGGCGCCGCCGGCCACGGACGGAGGCGGCACCGGCGGCGCCAUGUCUCAGGCCGUGCAGACCAACGGGACGCAGCCUCUGAGCAAGACCUGGGAGCUCAGUCUGUACGAGCUGCAGAGAACCCCCCAGGAAGCCAUCACAGAUGGGCUGGAGAUCGUGGUGUCCCCCCGGAGCCUGCACAGCGAGCUGAUGUGUCCCAUCUGCCUGGACAUGCUCAAGAACACCAUGACCACCAAGGAGUGUCUGCAUCGCUUCUGCGCCGACUGCAUCAUCACUGCCCUCAGGAGCGGCAACAAAGAAUGUCCCACAUGUCGCAAAAAGCUGGUUUCAAAAAGAUCCCUGCGGCCAGACCCCAAUUUCGACGCUCUCAUCAGUAAGAUUUACCCGAGCCGGGAUGAGUACGAAGCUCAUCAGGAGAGGGUGCUGGCCAGGAUCAGCAAGCACAACAACCAGCAAGCCCUGAGUCACAGCAUCGAGGAGGGAUUAAAGAUUCAGGCUAUGAACAGGUUGCAGCGGGGCAAGAAGCAGCAGAUUGAGAACGGCAGCGGGGCCGAGGACAACGGGGACAGCUCCCACUGCAGCAAUGCCUCCACACACAGCAACCAGGAGGCAGGGCCCAGCAACAAGAGGACCAAAACCUCGGAUGACUCUGGGCUGGAGCUGGACAACAACAACACCACUGUGGCCAUAGAUCCCGUGCUGGACGGGGCCAGUGAGAUCGAGCUGGUGUUCAGGCCUCACCCCACCCUCAUGGAGAACGAUGACAGCGCACAGACAAGGUACAUCAAGACCUCAGGCAAUGCCACAGUUGAUCACCUGUCCAAGUACCUGGCAGUGAGGCUGGCCCUGGAGGAGCUGCGGAGCAAGGGCGAGUCCAACCAGAUGAACCUGGACACGGCCAGUGAGAAGCAGUACACCAUCUACAUCGCCACCGCCGCCGGCCAGUUCACCGUGCUAAAUGGGUCCUUUUCCCUGGAGCUGGUCAGUGAGAAGUACUGGAAAGUGAAUAAACCCAUGGAACUGUACUAUGCCCCCACCAAGGAGCACAAAUAAGGGCUGGGAAACUGGGAUGGAACUAACUCUUUUUAUAGCUACAACUUCUUUAAUAUUAAAAUAAGGCACCACCAGUAUCUUCAUGGACAACACACAUGGUGCCUUCAGGCACUCUCAGUAAUAUGACUAGACAGUAUUCUGGGCUGUAUUUAAUUUAGUCUUUGGGUUGGGUUUUUUGGUUUUUCCCUAGGAGACUAAAUGACCUUCUCCAGUGCAUUCCAGUGUUUGAGAUGCUUUUUUGUUCUUAAUGCAUGAUUCCAGUGUUCCAGUUUGGAAUGGCUUCGUUUUGUCCAGGUCAAUCUGGAUUUCUGCUCCAUUUGACACAGUAGCCUCUGUGAAGUGUGGAGUAUUGGGUGGCCAAGGAAGUCUGUUCAAUAGUAGCAUAUGCCAAGGAAUGUGUUAAAUGUUGGAAUUUGCUGACUGUUAUCCAUCUGAAGAAUUGGUAGAGAAUGGAUUUGGGAUAGUCUGGGAGCAAGAGGUAAUCUGAUUCCCUAGGAAAGGUUCAUUAAGACAUUUUCUUGUGAAUUAAGGUGAAUUUUGCAUCUUGUGAGAGGUAUUGCUGCCCAUGGCAGGGGCUUGGACUCAGAUAGUGUUACGGUUCCUUCCAAGUCCAGCCAUCCUGGAAUUCCGGGAUUCCAAAGAGAGCUGCAGUGGGAAAACUGACACUUUAAAACCUUGCUGUUUACUGGUCUUAAUUUAAUACUUCAGUGCAAGGUACUUCAUCAGAUUGGUUUGGUUUUGUUUUUAAUGGCUGUUUCAGUCAAAAAAUACCCAAACACCCCAAACCCAUAACUCUAUCAUGCAGGACAUGCCAGUCUUGAUUCCUGCCUGGCCCUUCCUGCAAUGUUGCCCUGUCCUCACAACUGAACUGAAGGAAAUCUGGAUGUUUCAUAGCCCUGCUCUGUUCCCUAGGGCAGGAUCUGUUGUGAAUGUGCUAUAAAGAACUGUCCAGAAAACUUUUUUGUUAAGCAAAUCCCCCAAAUGCCAGCACAUGGCCAUCAAAAUGCUUUGCUUUGGGGAAUUGUGCCACCUCAGCAGGGACCUUUUCCCAGUGUCAGUGUGAGUAGGGAAGACUUUGACUGUAAGCUGCUUCAAGAUUCUACUUUUGUUCCUUUGCCAUAGCUUUAACAAACAUGGCUUAGCACUUUGGAAGACAACUUCAGUACUUGACAAAGUUUACCAUUUAGUGUCUUACAUUUAGGCCUAAGUUCCCCAGCAUGGCAGUGGGCUGUGCUGCAAGGCUCAGUAGCUGCUGGUCAUUUGCAUGUGCAGCCCCUGUACCCUGGCUCUGGACCUUGCUGUGGCUGAGGGGGCAGCUUGACCUGCCCCAUGUCCUGUCUGAAGGGAAGCUGUCACCACGAGGUUCCCUUUGCUCUGAGACUUGCUGAUGAACCCUCCCCUGUGGCUCGAAGCAAAAAGAGUUGAUGGUAGGUGGGAAGCACCAGGCUUUACUCCACAGGGUGUGAGGUUUACACUCCUCCUGUGUCCUGUCUGGACUCCCACUGGCUUUGGCAUGUGAUACAAAAGUAUUCUGCUGCUCGGGGAUUCUCCUGGGAAGGCUUUGCCCUUCCCUGGCUCUGGGCUUUCCUAGCACUUGUAAAUAGUGUCCCUUCUGGCUGCUGUUCAGAUCAGCUUUAUCCCACUGUGGAAACUGCACAGGCUUCUUUGAGUAACUUAAUUAUUUCCUCUGACUGGAAAGCUUUGGGCUUUUGUGACAUGAAAUGAAGUGUUCAGGCCCCAGAGCACAAAGGGGCAGC